AUGGAUAAUUAAGAGGAAGUCAUCCUCAAAUGUUAAAAGUAUUCCAAAGAAAGAACAUUUAAAUAAAUUAAAUUUAUAGCAGCUGGAAGUGAAGGAUCUGUGUCACUUUUUAAACCAAUGAAUUGGUGCUUUGAGGUUGAUGAAGUCGCCAUCAAAACGUAGAAAAAUAUAAGAAAUGAAGCUAUAGAGUUUUACGAGAAACUAUUAGAGCAACAACUUAAAUUGGAAAAAACUUAAGAUGAAAAAUCAUUUAUCAUCAAAAUUUAUGAACUCUGCCAAAAUUAAAAUCAAUAAAAUGAUUUUAUCAUAAUAAUGGAAAAAGGGGGAUAAGACUUAUACAAUUUUUUAAAAUAUAAUAAACAAUUAACCUUUUAAUAGAAAGUGUAAAUCUGCCUAUAAGUAAAUUAUUUUCUAUUUAUCUUUUAGUUAGCUUUAGGUCUUAAAUAAUUGCAUCAGCUUGGGUAUAUUCACAGAGAUAUAAAACCUGAGAAUUUUGUUUAAGCUAAAGAUGGAUUUAAAUUGAUUGAUUUCGGGUUGACUAAAUCGUUUGAUCUAGAAUAACACAUGACCUUGAAUAUUGGAUCAAGAAUAUUCUAGGCUCCAGAAGUCUUGGUUGGAGAGGGUAAUUAUACUUCUUCCAUUGAUAUCUGGUCAUUGGGUUGUACAUUCUAUGAAGUUUUUUCUAAUGAACCAUUACUACUAAAAGGUAUAACUUUUUAUUUCACGCUUAGCUAAAACUAACUUGGAUGCAUUUGAUUUGAUUCGUGAUCAUAUUAAAAAUUAGAACUACAUUUAUGGUAGAAUUGCAGCAUUAAAAAUUUUAUAGGAAUGGAAAGAUUUAUUAUAAGAAAUGUUACAUCCUGAACCAAAUAAAAGAAUUACUUCUGAGAACCUUGUCCUCAAAAUUAAAUCCUUGUUAAAUGCACAGAGCAAUCAAUUUUUACCUCAAACUAGCAUUGAUACUCCUCAAUAUGGCAUAUUCAAUCCUUAAGCAAAUAAUUGCUGCCAACAAAAGAAAGGGUUUCAGACAAUAUGUUUAAAUUCUCCUGGGCAAAAUAAUGAGAUGGUUCAAUUUCGCUUAUAAACUCCUAAUCAAAAUAACAAUUAAUAAUGUAAUUCUAGUGCUCCUACUACUGUUCCAAAAAUACUACAAACUAAUCCUUAAGGAAUUAUUCCAACAAAUAAUAACAAUCAAAUAUAGAAAUUUGAGUAAAAUGCAUUUUUCAAUAACAAAUAAAAUGAAAUGUAUGAAAUUUUAAAUUAGAAAAUUCAGAAACUCGAGAGUGAAUUAUAAAAUGUAAAGGAAGAAAUGGUAUAAUUAAAAAAGGAAGUAUCAGUAUUGAAGGAUGAGAAAGGGUAACUAUUAGAGCAGAAUUAUAAAAUAAAAACAUAAAUAAAUAAAUUUGUAUUUCUGCAAUAAACUUCUCUUAAUGAAUUGAAACCAUUCUUAACUUAGACUCAAUAACAAUGA